GAAAUUCACUGUCUUGCUUUCCAAGCCGGCAACUCAAGCCUCCGGGUUAAUAUUCCGAUCGCACGGUCAUUCAUCGGGGUGAUUGUCGUUGUGUCGGUCAAUUUCUUUACUAUCGCUAGCCUUGUCAUCCUUACUGUGACGAGCCGGACACCCUAAUAUCGAAGGUCUAAAAAACCGCAAUAACAAAGUACCGUCGCUAACAUCGCCGCCACAAGCCGGACUAGGACUCACAAUGCCCGUGCCGCGGCGCAGACAGGCCUUAGCGUACGUCAUAGUGCCGACCGGCGAAGCAGGGGCCCAGCGAACUCUCUCAUACUCGACCAAAGUCCUGUCAACGCCGGCGGGAAAAGACCUCACGAGAGACGCGGUACAACUAGUUAUACAGCAACCUUGCGCGAAGUAGCAUCUCACCUAGCGAUUCAAAUCCGCCCCGGGCGGCCAUGAGUUCUUUGAGAUGACUGCGUUGCAUCCUCCAGAUAAUCAGGCAGUUCCCCAAAACAUGAGAUAAAAUCACCUUGAAGUCAUUGUUUGAGAAAGCACGUCGACAGUUGGCCCCGAUCCCUUUUGCGAUCCAGGGAGCGCUUAUCCAUCAGAUAAGAUGAGACCCCGACCAUCGCCGCUCAGCCGGCGUAAGCUUGAACAUGGAGCGUGGCCAACCACGCGUCACGCCACGACUGCAAGAAACGGCCGCUGACUGUGCCACACACAGCGACUUUGGAAUAGCGCGCCGGUCCACAUGCGAGGCCAUUAUGACUACUGCAUAUGCUACCCCCGUUCGGGAUGGGGUUGACACAUGGCGAAGCACGUACGUAGAGUUAUACUAUGGAGAUUGACGGAACGGUUAAGGCGUCUCGCGGCGAUCGACAACGGCAGACAAAUUGGCAUAGGUAUAAAAAGGGUGUUGAGUCGCACUAUGGUUCUACCAGGUCAUCGCUAGACACCUUUUGCUUUGCAUCCUUGAUAGCCAUUGCGUAGUAGCUCGCCGGGUACCUCAUCAUGUUGUUCUCCAAGGGCGCCUUGUUGGUGCCCCUUCUCGCACGACUCUCUCUUGCCGAACUAGCCGCGGAUAAAUCGACACCAAACCAUCAUGACAAUGACGCGUUCGACUACAUUGUCGUUGGUUCCGGACCUGGCGGCGGCCCCUUAGCGGUGAACCUCGCGCAUGCGGGCUACUCUGUGCUUCUCCUGGAGGCUGGCCAAAACCAUACCGACAAGGAGAGCCAGCAGAUUCCUGCGUUUUUUGGAGAAGCACAGUUCGACGCAGAGCAGGGUUGGUGGUUUUACGUCAAACACUUCGACGACGAGGCGGAGUCCGCAAAGGACAGUAAGCUUGUAUGGACGCAGCCUAACGGCGAGUACUGGGUCGGCUUCGACCCCCCAAAGGGCUCGAAGCAGCUCGGCUUCUGGUACCCGAGAGCCGGGACCCUGGGCGGAUGCGACACACACAAUGGCGGCGUGACGGUGUAUCCGUCUGAGUGGGAUUGGGACAACAUCGCCAAUAUCACUGGUGAUGAGACUUGGGGCCACGACCACAUGCGGUCCUACUUCGAGAAGCUCGAGAGGAACACCUUCCUUCCGAAGGGCGCGCCCGGCCAUGGCUUUGAUGGAUAUCAACCUGUUGGCGUUGGCGACAAGGCACUGUUUGAGAAGGACCCGCAGAUAGUUGCUGUCGCUCAAGGUUCCGUGGCCGCCCUCGGCUUCAAGGAGAGAAGCGAAAGCCACGACUGGGACGUCAUUCUCAAGAAGGACUCCAACGGAAAGAUCCCAGAUCGGGAUCUGCAAAACGACGCAUACCAGCUCUCGUUCAAGAGAGAUGAGAACAAGAAGAGAUACAGCGCGGCCAACCGCGUCAAUGACGGCAUCGCCAUGGGGCUACCCUUGACUGUCCGCUUUAAUAGUCUCGUCACGCGGGUCUUGGUCGAUGGUGACCGCAAGGCGACAGGUGUCGAGUUCCUCGAGGGCACUAUGCUGUACAAAGCCGACCCGCGCGUCCAAAAGAGCGGCGCCAACAAUACGGGGACGCGGCGAACAGUUACAGCCAAGCGCGAGGUGAUUAUUGCUGGUGGCACGUUCAACACGCCACAAAUCUUGAUGCUGAGCGGUAUCGGCCCUGCUGAGCACCUCAAGACUUUCGAUAUUCCCGUCGUGGCCGAUCUGCCUGGAGUGGGCGGCAAUCUUCAGGACCACUACGAGGUUCCCGUCAUCCACGGGUUCCCCAAUAACUUUACGCUGUUUGACGGCUGCAUCGUGGACAAGGGCAAGGUCUCUCCAUGCUAUGAGCAGUGGCGCACCAACGGCACUGGUCCGUGGACGACGCUUGGCUUUCCCCAGAUCCUGCAGUGGACGACGAGCGUCGCGCCGCGUGGCGAGCGCGACAUCAUCAUGUACAGCUACCCGGACGCCAUCCGAGGACACCUCCCGCCUUACACCGACUUCACCAAGUUCAGGGAUGGCGCAAACAAGUACACCUUCACCAUCGCCGAGUCACAUUCGCGGAACCGCGCGGGCACUGUGCGGCUGACGUCUUCUGACCCACGAGACAUGCCCGAGAUCGAUUUCAAGUACUUUGUUGACGGGGCCGACGAGGACAUCCAGGGCCUGGUCGACGCCAUCAAGUUUGCCCGCAAGAUCUUCGACUCGGUGCCCGGCCUAAAGGGGACGGCUGCGGAAGAGUGGUUCCCUGGACGAAACGUGAGCUCCGUGGAGGAGCUUCGCAACUUUGUCAAGUACGAGGCGUACGGACACCAUCCCACCGGCACGGCGGCGAUAGGCGGCGAGGGCAACGCCAUGGCCGUGCUGGACUCACGCUUCCGGGUCCGGGGCAUCCAGGGCCUCCGCGUUGUGGAUGCGUCUAUUUUCCCCGAUGUGCCGGGAACGUUCCCGCUGAUUGCGAUUUUCAUGAUUAGCGAGAAGGCGAGUGACGUGAUUCUGCAAGACGCCAAGGACACGAGAGACUGAAAAUCGAGGUGGAGCGUCAUGCACAAAAGUUAGUAGUACGCAAUAUUACUACCGCAAGCGGGGGAGGACGGGUAUGAGUACUUUAUACGAAGUAACGUUAGUAGCCAUCUCAGCCUACAUACCAGACAGUGUGAAGUUUGAAGCCAAAAGGGGGGGGGGGACCGUAUUUUGAAAUACAAGGUACGAAGUACAGUACGGAGUACUACUUGGUACUAUGCACAGGUGGUGUCAGCUCAUGCGGGG